AUGUCUGGCAUAUUCGGCCCGGCCCCUCCAAGAGGUCCUCUCGAUCUACCCUACAACGCCAACGCCGAAGACUCUGAUUCGCCGUGUGGCGAUACCUCGUUACACCUUGCAGUCAAGUCUGGCAACGUAGAUCUAGUACAGUCUCUCUCGGCAAAGGGACGUGAUAUAGAAGCUCUCGACGCGAAUGGUUCAACUGCUCUAUUCGUUGCUUCUGAGAUCGGGAACGUAGAAAUCGUGCAAUGUCUUCUAAACAACGGGGCCGACAUCAACAAGAUCUGUGGAAGCCCUUUGGGCGCGCCACCCGGACCCUCUACCAUCAUGAGGGUUGCUGCGAACAAUGGCCACACCGAAGUCGUACGCCUACUACUGGAGCGCGGCGCAGAUGUCAACAAGCAUGCCGAUGGUUAUAGUCCUCCACUUGACCUUGCUAUCUACGAGGGUCACGUCGAAAUUGUUUGCUUGCUGCUUGAAGCGGGCGCAGAUUUGGUUGUGCGCGCCGAGGAUCAAUAUACUGCCCUGCAUGUCGCCGUUUCGUGCUACGAUGAUACCCACACACUUGAGAUCAUGCAGUUGCUCUUUCAAUUCGGUGCUGAUGCAAAUGCAAUCGACACCGAAGGACGAUCUGUACUGGAUCUGGCCGUACGAGGGUCCGAGAUCGAUGCUGUACGGCUCCUACUCGACCAUGAAGCUACUCGCCAUGUGUCCGAUGCUCUCCAUCUUGCGGCGUCUCGUGCCGAUGUUGCCAUCAUGCGACUACUACUUGAGAGAGGCGCGGAUGUCACCUCUGUGGAUAUCUUUGGAUGGACAGUGUUACACAACGCGGCUAGAGCCGGCAACGGUCACGAACACCGGGAAGGUUUUCAGCUCUUACUUGACAAGGGCGCAGACCCAAAUCGCCUGACCGAAGAUGGCCUCACUGUGCUCCAUGUGGCGAUCUCGAAUCAGCAAAUAGAGGUCGUGAAGCUCCUACUUGCAUAUGGUGUAGAACUUGCUGGUCUGAUCCGGGGGGCAGAGACCAUCUUGCAUCACGCCGUGCGAGAGCACUACACUGAAGUCGUGCGCUUGCUACUCGAGAAAGGCGCAGACCGGCAUGCGCCCGAAAAAGAUGGUGUAUCAUCACUACAGCUAGCGAGGAUGAUUGGCAGAAAAGAUGUGAUGCGCGCUUUUGGUCUACGACCGCCGGGUUUGGCGAUGCGUGGGGUAGACGAUGGGCCGACCUUUGACGUUGCAGAUGAAGCUCGCAAAGCCAGGAAGGCACUUGAUGCGCUCGUUGACGGCUCCAUACGCGAGGCUAUCCGUUUCUCUCGCAAGUUCGAUGCCAGUGGCGCGCUCGAAGAUCUCGACCAAGCGCUCAAAGCGUACGAAACGGCGAACUCCCAUGACCCGACAGGCGCAUACUGCCUGGAGAACAUGGCGUUCACUUACUCCAAACGUUACCGUGUCACACAGGACCCGGAGGAUCUUGAUAUGGCUAUCCAACUAAUGGAUACCGUCAUCCACAUCAUCUCAAUCAAGAGCGAACACAUCCCAAUGCCACCACUUCAUCCAUGCGCAUCUCUACGUCUGGAGAGAUACGAGCGUUUCUCUCAUUCACCUGCGGACUUGCACCACGCUAUGCAGCUUUAUCGCGCGCGGAUGCAUUAUCCGGAACUUGGCCCGCCUCUCAGUCGUUUCCAAGCUGCACGCGCAUAUGCGGAUCUGUGCUUAUUGUACAAAGAUGCUAUGGCAGCAAUGCGACCACUACGGAUCGCCGUUGACCUUGUGGAGUCCAUCGUGCGGCCAACGGGCGAUCUUGCCCGACGACACCUGUCCCUUCUUCCCGUACGCAGCACCAUAGCCUUUGCGGUGUCCGUUGCUCUUGAGGCAGAAGAGGUCUCGCGCGCUCUGGAAUGGUUCGAGCGUGGCCGUUGUAUCAUCUGGACCCACAUCUUGCGAGUGCAGACCUCUACGGGAGAGCUUCAAACCGUCGAUGCCGCACUUGCAGACCAGAAUAGACGUCUUGUGAAGCAACUGCAUGCAGCAGAAGAGGAUAUGGAGAGACCGGCAUGGCAUCCGGGUACUCUUCAGAGCUAUAUGCGUCAUGGAAUCCUAGUGAAAAACUUUGAUGCCCUCACGGUCGAAGCGAGGAAGUUACCGGGCCUCGAGGGCUUUCUGUCGCCGAAGGCGCCCUCGGAGCUCAUGAUGGCAGCGACGCUUGGACCUGUGAUCAUACUGAACGUCUCUGAUCAUCGCUGCGAUGCGAUCAUUCUACGACGAAACCAAGUGCCAGAACAUGUCUCUCUACCUGCUCUCACCUCUGGAAACCUAGGCAGCAUCGCUGCAAGCUAUCAACACUGUCUACACGAAGCACAAAGAGGAGCUCGUGGCGUCGUAAUGUCUCGCUCUGGCGCUUCCCACUCGAUGGAACGAAUACUACUCGCUCUUUGGAACCACAUCGUGGAGCCAGUAUUUCAACAUCUAGGCCUCACCAAGGAAACCUCAACGCCAGAAGACAAGCUUCCUCGCAUCACCUGGUGCUUAUCCGGACCUCUUACUUCGCUCCCUCUUCAUGCCACGGGAAACUAUACAGUUUCUCGGACACGCCAGCACAGAGCGUAUGACUAUGCGGUGCACUCUUACGCACCCUCACUCUCAGCUCUGAUUGAAGCGCUGAGCCGACGAGGUCAAGUUGUCCACGAAUCGGGAUCGCGACAUCCAAACAUCCUUGCCAUUUCUCAACCAGAAACUCCCAAGCAGAGUCCCUUGCCCGGCACGGUAGGCGAAGUGGCUGCUAUCAAGAACGUCGUGGGCGCAGAAACGAUGACCUGGUUGAACGGUCCCGACGCGACGAAGUCUGCAGUACUGGAUUGUCUCGAUAGGAACGCGUGGGCUCACUUCGCCUGUCAUGCUGUACAAGACCCAGAGCGGCCGACACAAAGCGCGUUCAUGCUACAGGACGGUGGUCUCACUCUACACGAACUCAUGCGACGCACUUCAACCACUGGACGAAAAGAGCUUGCAGUUCUUUCUGCGUGCCAGACAGCAACCGGGGACGCGAAGGUGCCCGAAGAGGCUGUACACCUCGCAGCAGGGAUGCUCAUGACCGGCUUUCGCAGCGUAAUCGCUACGAUGUGGUCGAUCGGUGACGACGAUGCGCCCAUUGUCAUGGAGGCAUUUUAUGAUUACCUUGUUCAUAAGGCGAACGGAGAUGGUGCGCUGUCAGCACAUGCAUUGCACUACGCGACGAAGAUUCUGAGGGAGAAAGUUGGUGAGAGGAAGUUCAUGCACUGGGUCCCAUUCAUCCACCUUGGUGUAUAG